CUUUCUUUUCUCCUCGCUCCCCCUGCAUGCUUCAGAAGGUCAGCUGAUCAUUUACUUCAUUCAGUGUGGUGACCAGUAGCCUGUCACUUUUAAGCUAGCACGCAACGUAAUUGUUCGACGCUGUAACGCUGAGCGAUCCGCCCCCACAAAGAUGGCAGACACAAACCAACAAAGUCCUCCUCCCCAGCUAGGGCCGUUGCAAUUUUUAAUGAGUAACAAGCUGGAAACUGCAAUGUGGCUUUCACGACUCUUCACAGUCUACUGCUCCGUUAUGUUUAUUCUACCAAUUUUGGGGCCGUAUGCAGCAGCUAACUUCUAUCAGCGAGCCUUGCUAGCGAACGCUCUUACCAGUGCCCUGCGCUUGCACCAAAGGCUCCCACGCUUCCAGCUGAGCAGAGCUUUCCUGGCCCAGGCUCUUCAGGAGGACAGCUGCCAUUACUUGCUCUACUCACUCAUCCUGGUCAACUCCUACCCCAUCACGAUGAGCAUCUUCCCAGUCUUCCUCUUCUCUGUGCUUCAUGCCACCACCUACACAAAGAAAGUCCUCGACUCUGUGGGCCCCAAUAGCUUGAUGUUCAUCAGAAACCUCCUGGACAAACUUACAUCCAAUCAGCAGAAUAUCCUGAAGUUCAUUGCCUGCAAUGAGAUCUUCUUGAUGCCAGCCACUGCUUUCAUGCUCUUCAGUGGCCAGGGAAGCUUGCUGCUGCCUUUCAUUUACUACCGAUUCCUCACCCUGCGCUACACAUCCAGAAGAAACCCUUAUUGCCGCACCUUGUUCACAGAGCUGCGAAUCCUUCUGGAGCACUUUAUCAUGAAGCCCGCUUGCCCCGCCUUCUUCAGGAAGAUGUGCCUCAGCAGCAUCGCCUUCAUCAGCCGCCUCGCCCCCGCCGGGGUUUGAUUCAGCCACGUAGACGUUUUGCUUUCUUUCUGUUUUGGUUUUCCACCAUUUGAGAUGUGACUUAAACUUUGAUGAGGACAGACAUUGCCAUCAACAGAAGGAACUGUUUUUUGAAUGUCAACUUUACAGCCUCUGCUCCAACUUCUCUGUAUAUUUGAGUGUGGUUGAAGAGCAGCCAGUAAUGCACUGAAGUCUCAUGGUGAUAUUUCUUUUCCCAUCUUCUUAAUGUGACCUCAUUCAAGCGGUGGACACCCCUCACUUUUACGUUCACUGGAUGCAGCACAGUAGACGUCAACUGUGAUCUGCAUGUUCUGGCAGUUAUUAAUAUUAACUCUCUUUUUUAUGUCCUUAUUUAUUCAUGAAAAUCACUUCUUCAAUGAUGAAACGUUAACAUUCUCAGAUCAGUAACUUAAAUUAAAUGUGCUUAUACAUUAUUGAAAAAUCUUUUUUUAAAACAUGAUCGUGUUGUGCUUGGAUAAAUGGAGGAUGAGGCUUGUUUGCAGUUUCUUCGUGGUCCAAUUUAUUUUCAUGUGCAAAGCACCUAGUGCUCGGAUUUCUUUAAAUGCCUAACUUCAAAUGUGCUCUAUUAAUGCCAUUCACCCACUCUUAACAACAUGCAACAUCUAUAAAUGUGUGAUGUCAAAAUAGCUGUUGAACUGAGAAACAAGAUAUCUGCUGUAUUUUAUAGAAUGUUUUAAGGUACCAGACAUUUGCUGUAGGAUUCGUGCUUGAACACACAAUGUCUGUCAUGUGUUGAAUGCGUUUCUUGUUCGAAAGCUGUUUUGGAAUUUGCUUCAUUUAUUUGUCGCUAAGUAGUUUUCAUCCUGAAUCCAUGCUUUUAUUUUUUUCUGCCAUUUUGCUUCCGGACAAAACCACAUUUUUAUGACGAGAAUGAAAUGAUCUCUUAAUUAAACCAAUAAAAUAUUAAAUAUUAGGAAAGUA